AUGGUUGACUCCACAGGUGAUCCAGGGACAGGUAAAGACAUGGAAGAUCUGACAAAAGGCUUGGAGGAACUCUGUGAGAGCUCUAAGGAACAGAGCGAGGAGACCCUGCUGCUUUCACAGCAAGAACAUCAUCAUCAUCUUGUCUCUAUACUGAAGAAGAAAGUGGAUGGCAUACACAAACGCUGCAGAGACCUGGAGCAGCUCAACAUGGAGCUGGAGAAACUGAGGGCAGAGAAUGCUGUGAAAAUGAAAACCCAGACCCAGUGUAUUCAGUGUUUGGAGGGAUGCUUCAUGGAUCUGGUCAAAAACCAUGAAAAGAUGAUCCAGUUCAAAAAUGAACACGAAAACCAGCACACGCAGCUGUGGGAGGAGAACAAACGCCUGCAGCAGGACAGGGAAGCACUCUUCAGCCAGGCUGUGAGGGAGAAGGAAGCUGAGGUGCUCCGGCUGGCGGCCCAGGCAAGGAAGCUCUCACAGCUGUUAUGCUCCUUGCGGGAGAAAUAUGCUUAUGAGAGUCACAGAGCACAGGAGCGAGAGAAGGAGCUGCUGGAAGCUCAGAGCCAGCGGGCAGAUGCCUACGCCCAGGAGGUGGAUUCACUAAAGAAGCAGCUACAACUCCUACAGGAGAGGCACCAACAAGCUGCUGCAAGGGCUGAGCAGGUAGAGAGUCAGCAGAAGGCUCAGGGCAAUGAGCUGCAGGCCAAGCUGGAAAGAAAACAUGAAGAGACAGAGCAGCUACUGAACCUGGUCAUGGAGAGGAGCGAAGCUCUGCAAGAUAAGGAACCGGAGAUUCAGAAGCUGGAGGAGAAGCUAGAGACCAUGGAAGAAGCCAGGCAAAGAGCAGGAAGGUGCCUCAAGAAAGAGGCAGCAAGAGUAGACAAAGAUCUGAAAGUUCAGGAGCUCCAAGGACAGUUAGAACGCAGCAAGCAGGCAUACAGUGAGCUCUUGCUGCAGUUCGAUGCUUACAGAAAGCACAGUAUGGAUUUGCUGACUAAAGAGAGAGCUCUAAAUGUCAAACUCUGUCACUUUGUUGCAUAA